AUAAUGAGGAGGGUUGGGGAUUUUUUUUUUUCGAUGCCCCUUUCCGGCUCCGGGAGGCGGCGGGACCUUAGCGGUCCCCGAGCGGGCGCGACGCUAAUAGAGGCCGCUCGGCCUGAGAGGCCGGGGGCCCGCCGCCCAGCAGAGUUGUGUUUUCCUGAUCCGGGCUCGCCGCCCCUCCUCCGGGACCCUCCCCUCGGGAACCGUCGCCCGCGGCGGUUAGUUAGGACUGGAUUGCUUGGCGCGAAAAGGUGGACAAGUCCUAUUUUCCCGAGAAGAUGACUUUUAACAGUUUUGAAGGAUCUAGAACUUUUGUACCUGCAGACACCAAUAAGGAUGAAGAAUUUGUAGAGGAGUUUAGUAGAUUAAAAACAUUUGCUAACUUCCCAAGUAGCAGUCCUGUUUCAGCAUCAACGUUGGCACGAGCAGGCUUUCUUUAUACUGGUGAAGGAGACACUGUGCAGUGUUUCAGUUGUCACGCGGCAGUAGAUAGAUGGCAGUAUGGAGACUCAGCUGUUGGAAGACACAGAAGAAUAUCCCCAAAUUGCAGAUUUAUCAACAGUUUUUAUUUUGAAAACGGUGCUGCACAGUCUACAAAUCCUGGUAUCCAAAAUGGCCAGUACAAAUCUGAAAAGUGUGUGGCAAACAGAAAUCAUUUGGCUCUUGACAGGCCGUCGGAGCCUCAUGCAGACUAUCUCCUGAGAACUGGACAGGUCGUAGAUAUUUCAGACACUGUAUACCCAAGGAACCCUGCCAUGUGUAGUGAGGAAGCCAGAUUGAAGUCAUUUCAGAACUGGCCAGACUAUGCCCAUUUAACCCCCAGAGAGUUAGCUAGUGCUGGGCUCUUCUACACAGGGAUCGAUGAUCAAGUGCAAUGCUUUUGUUGUGGUGGAAAACUGAAAAAUUGGGAACCCUGUGAUCGUGCCUGGUCAGAGCACAGGAGACACUUUCCCAAUUGCUUCUUUGUUUUGGGCCGGAAUGUUCGAAAUGAAUCUGGUGUGAGUUCUGAUAGGAAUUUCCCAAAUUCAACAAAUUCUCCAAGAAAUCCAGCCAUGGCAGACUAUGAAGCACGGAUCGUUACUUUUGGAACAUGGAUAUACUCAGUUAACAAGGAGCAGCUUGCAAGAGCUGGAUUUUAUGCUUUAGGUGAAGGCGAUAAAGUGAAGUGCUUUCACUGUGGAGGAGGGCUCACGGAUUGGAAGCCAAGUGAAGACCCCUGGGAACAGCAUGCUAAGUGGUAUCCAGGGUGUAAAUAUCUAUUGGAUGAGAAGGGGCAAGAAUAUAUAAAUAAUAUUCAUUUAACCCAUUCACUUGGGGAAUCUUUGGUAAGAACUGCUGAAAAAAUGCCAUCAGUAACUAAAAAAAUUGAUGAUACCAUCUUCCAGAAUCCUAUGGUGCAGGAAGCUAUACGGAUGGGAUUUAGCUUCAAGGACAUUAAGAAAACAAUGGAAGAAAAAAUCCAAACAUCUGGGAGCGGCUAUGUAUCACUUGAGGUUCUAAUUGCAGAUCUUGUGAGUGCUCAGAAAGAUAAUAUGCAGGAAGAGUCAAGUCAGACUUCAUUGCAGAAAGACGUUAGUACUGAAGAGCAGCUAAGGCGCCUACAAGAGGAGAAGCUUUGCAAGAUCUGUAUGGAUAGAAAUAUUGCUGUAGUUUUUGUUCCCUGUGGACAUCUGGUCACUUGUAAACAGUGUGCUGAGGCAGUUGACAAAUGUCCCAUGUGCUACACAGUCAUUACGUUCAAGCAAAAAAUUUUUAUGUCUUAAUCCAGCACCACAGUAGGCAUGUUAUGUUCUUCUUACUCUAAUUGAAUGUGUGAUGUGAGCGAACUUUAAGUAAUCAGCAAUGCAUUCCAUUAGCAUCUGCUCCCAAAUGGAAACAAAUGUUACCAGCACUGUUUGGUCUAAAUGGGGAAUUUCUGCAUCAUUUAUCCAGUGUUUUACUCUCGUGAAACCUUAGACAAAGAAGCAUUUUAUAACUGUUCACAUGUAUAUUUGUUGUACACUGAUUUGAUUUCUGUGUAUAAGUGAAUUAAUCACCUGCAGUUUUCAUUCCUUUUGCAUAAGCUUGACAAAUGGAGUGUUCUGUAUAAGCAGGGAGAUUUGAUUUAAUCUGCCCAAUUACUUUAAUUUGCUUAGUGUAAACGGGGAAAGAACUGUUCCACACUGGUGGGAGGAUAAACAUUGUUUUUAGAUGUUUGUUUCUGUGUUUUAGGAUUCUGCCCAUUUACUUGGAAUUUAUUGGAAUUAUAAAUGUACUUACAUGAAUAUUUUUAAGUGAUUUUACCAUCUCCUAAAAGGUAUUUAGUGGUAGAGUACCAUCUAACCAGCAUGUACUGACAUGGAAAGGCAACACAGAUAUAGUAAGUGAAAAAUACAAGUGGCAAAACAUUGUAUCUAGUUAGAGCCAAAUCAUUGUGUGUGUAUUUUGUAUCUGUACAGGACAAAAAGAUUUGGAAAGAUAAGUAUCACAUUCUUAAAUGUAUUUUUUCUUCUGGGGGGUGGGGGAAUGGGUCUUAGAGGGGCUUAUAGAGCCUUUUACUUUUUUUUCUGUUUGAAGGUUUUAUAAGUAUGUAUUACUUUUAUAAUCAGAAUUCUUAGUAAAUAUUUUGCUGAUUUAAAGGCUUAGGCAUGUUCAAACGUCUGAAAAACUACUUAUCGCUCAGUUUUAGUUUUUCUAAUCCAGGAAGCAGGCCAGUUAACUUUUCUGGUGCCAAUGUGAAAUUUGAAUGUUUUUGUUUUACCUGCUUUGUGGAUGAAAAAUACUUCUGAGUGGUAGUUUUCUGACAGGUAGAUCAUGUCUUUUUAUCUUGUUUCAAAAUAAAUAUUUCUGAUUUUGUAAAAUGAAAUAUAAAAUAUGUCUCAGAUCUUCCAAUUAAUUAGUAAGGAUUCAUCCUUAAUCCUUGCUAGUUUAAGCCUGCCUAAGUCACUUUACUAAAAGAUCUUUGUUAACCCAGUAUUUUAACCAUCUGUCUGCUUCCGUAGGUAAAUGUAGAAGCUUGUUUGUAUACAGCUUGUAGUUUUAGUGUAAGCUCUCCAUGUUGAGAUUCUCAAUGUCAUUUUGUGUCCUAAAAGUUUCAUGUAGUUUUUGCUGUUAGGAUGAUUAAGAUGUAUAUAGUACAGAAUGUUCAGUCUUUGAUUUUUUUUUUAUGUUUGUUUGUUUUCUUAACUAGUAAUGGUAGUGGAUACUUUAAUAAUAUCUUCUUAAGAUCCUUAAACCUUGGAAACUGUAACAUACUGACAAGAGUAGUUUGAAUAUUUUUAACAACUUGUAUAAGUCAAUAUGAAUACAAUCAAAAGCUAAAAUGAUUCAUAGAACAUGGGAUUUACCUUAAGUAAUUAUCAUGUAAUGAAUGGUCUGUUUUACUACAGAGAACAGUUUGGGAGCAAAACUGUUACAAUUUAGACUUUUUGUUGUAUUUUCUAAGAGAAAGAGUAUUGUUAGGUUCUCCUAACCUCUGUUGACUACUAUGGUAAGUAAUGUUAUUUUAAUUGCAAAUUUAAAUAGAAACCAACAGAAUUAAGUAACUGACUGCCCUUUUUGCUCUUUGUUGUUGGUGGGUUUUUUUUUUUCCAUGAACAUCCUUAGUUCUGUGUAGUGUCUUCUGCUUAGGUUCAGUUAUAUAAUCGUUAGGUUACAUUUGAUCUAAGUUGACUAAGAUUUCAAUUUCAAUUUCAAUUUAUAUUUCAAGCAUUCUACCAGAGAAUAAAGGUGUUAAUUUUAAAAAUGUUUCCAAGGCACUUCAGGUACAAGUCAUAUAGGUAGUUUGUUUAAUCUAGUUAUUAGCCAAGGACUUAAGGAUUGAAUGUUUUCAGAUAAGGCUUUUCUUGUUCUCAGAGCCUCAGUUCAUUAAAACUCUUUUAAAACCUGUGUGCUGAGAGUUAAGCAAGACCUCUUUUCUUGUCUUCAGGAGUUGCGAAAUUGAAUCCAUGGAGCUGAUGUGGCUAACAAGUUUAUUUUAGGAAUUGUUUAGAAAAUGCUGUUGCUUCAGGUUCUUAAAUUCAUAGCACUCCAGGUCUAAUCCAAUUAUUGGAGACUUAACCAGAGUUGGUCUGAAAUCACACUAACAAGAAAGCACUGGAUCCCUUCCAAUAUGGUGGUGUAAAAAAAUGGUCACUUGGAAGGUCACAGUAUAACCAGAUCUGAAUCACCACCCCUGAGAGAGUUCUCAGUGUCUGUGUGUUAAUGUUCUUUUUCUGUAUAAAGUUCACUCUAGGAUUUUGAAGUAACCACCCAUGUUACUACAUAUUAGUCAUGUGAAAUUUGAAGUUAUUUUGCAAUAGUUACUUUUAUUUGUUAUUUACUGUGUUGAUCAAAAGUUUUGUGAGUGUUUAGCAUUUAUUAAAGUAUUCUCUUUCCUCCUAGACUUUUGCCUCUUCCUGUAGUUAGGGGUAGAGGUGAGGUGAGUGUACUAAGUGAAUAGAGUGUGAUUUCGCUAUGGUAGGAUAGUUUGUUGUCUUGUUAUUUCAGUGUGUUUUUAUCUGUUUUUAUUUUAGUAAGUAAGAUUUAUAUUUUUGAGCUCUCUGAAUGGAAACUGCCACUCUAAAUUUGCUGCAUGCGUUGUUCCUAACUAGACCUAACUCUUAUUGUACUUCUGAGUACCUAGAUACUAAAUAAAAGAAGAGGAGAAAUGAAGUAGACUGUCAUUGUCAUUAGAGAAAGGAGAAAAGGGAUGGAGAAAUAUGUGACAGAUACCAUUUUAGUCAGAUCUUCUCUUUUCAAAAAGGUAGCCAUGAGUGAAGAAAAGAACUAGUCAAAUAGUCUUGACGACCUGAAUUCAGAUCCCCAGAACCCACAUAAAAGCUGAGUGCAGCCAGGUGGUGGUAGCACAUUCCUUUAAUCCCAGCAUUUGGGAGGCAGAGGUAGAGAGAUCUCUGUUGGUUUGAAGUCAGCCUUAUCUACAGAUAGAGAGAGUUCCAGGACAGGGAACCUUGUUUCACAAAACCAAACCAAACAAACAAACAAACAAACAAGUGCACUAGCCCAAGUAUCUGUAAUUUCAGAAUGCCUACAUGAAUCAGGAAGUAGAUAGGAGAAUGUCCAGAAGCUCAUGGUCAACUAAUGGAUUAUGUAGUAACAAAGAGGCACCAUGGUAAACCAUGGGCGAGGGCCCACCAACAUCCAAAGGGUAUCCGCUGCUUCCACACAUGCACCAUGACAGGUAUCCACUUACACCAGACACAUACACAAAAGAGAGAGAAAAAAAAACAAUUAACACAACCAUCUUCCAAGAUGAUGGAACUCAAGAACAUCUUAUACUCUUAAGUGUUAACUCUCAUCCUAAAAACUCCAUGGGUUUGUCUGGAUGGAGGAUCUUGGACUAAAGCAUAAAAGAGGGCCUGGAAAAAUAAGUCAGCUGUUGAGAAUCCUUGCUGCAUUUUCAGAGGGCUUAGGUUCAGUUCUCAGCCUCCACAUGAUGGCUCACAAGGGCAUGUAAUUCCAGCUCUUCUGGCCUCCAGGGGCACAUGCAUGCAUGUACACAUACAGUCAUACAUGCCUACACAUAAAAUAAAAAUAAUUUUUAAAGCUUAAAUGAAACUCUUAUGUUAAUUUUUACUCACUAUUAUUUGUCUCGCUGGAUGCUUCUUAUAACAACGCUAUAAAUUGUAAUAAAUAAAUAGUUCAAUCCUUUAAAAUAUUUACAUUCCUUUUACAAAAACUAGAAAAAUUAUUUUUUACUAAGUUCAGUUGAGUUUUUCUAAUAGAAACAGUCAAUUUAUUCCCAUCUUAAUAGUUUAGUUUGGCUCUGAAACAUUCAGCACAAUGUAGAUUUCUCCCUUACAUAAUAAAGUCACAGACUAUCAGAGCUAGAUAUGACCUUAGAAAGUCACUUAUUCACACCACCACCACCUUCAUUUUAUUGUCAAGGCAACUACUCACAAGGACAGGUAAUUGGUGCAAAGUUAUAUAGCUAACUAGUGAUAGAUUCCUUACUGGGACAUAGUUUGAGGUUGAAAAGCCUCACCAUACCAGCCACUUGUCCUGGAAGUCUCAGGGGUUUUUCAACUAUUCAUUCUAUAACACUCUUUUCACUGCAUAAUAAGUGGUGCUUUAUCAUUUCUACAGUAGGACAGUUGUUGAUAGUUUCAAAUUAAACAAUCUGACAGUGGUAUGCUGACAGUGAAUGUUUGAGUGGUAAAGUUCUCUUUUGGAGGCUGAAGUUUGCAGAUGUGAGUACAGCUGUUUGACAUUUACUAUGUGCUUAUGUUUUAUUAAUGAGCAUUUAAGAUUACUGUGUAAGUAUAUUUUAUCACUGUCUAUACUUACCAACAAACUUGCAUUUUUAAUUUGAUGUAAUAAUGGCUUUAAUGUAAUUUCUGUUUUUGCAUUUUUGUUAUACUUUACCUGAAAGAAUGACCGAUUGUUUUGCCAUGUUUGUGUACUAUAUUUGUGAAUAUAAUUUUAUGACUCCUUUUGUUCUUUUAAUGGAUACCUUUCUUUCAUCAUGGAAUCUUAUGAGCAUUGCUUUCUGCUCUAUAAUCUGUCAUUUGUUGUAGACUAAAGCUUAUUUUUCUGUGAAUAAGACUUAUUCAAUAAAGCACUAUUCUUUAAAAUGUUA